UCUUUAUUUCUGCCUCUACUACAGUUCCCGCCCAAAAGACGAAGCAUUCAAAAUCCUUCUCUCUCUAAUGGACUUCAACGCAGGAGGUAAAGUCGCCGAUCAACGACAACAGUGUGAAGCGAUUUACAGAAGAAGAAAGCCCGACAAACCCACUCAAGAUGUAGAACCCUCAAAGCAGUCAUGUUCGGCUCGUUAUGUGGGAAGGGUGAGUUUGGCUCCUGCUGCUGGAGCUCUCAACAGGAAAACCAGUUGGACCCGUUCCCUUUCUACAAGAGGGAGGACAAGUGUUGCUGUUGGUGUUUGCUUUGAGUAUCAUCCUCAACAUAAGGAGCCUAAAAGAAAAGGAAAGAGAAAAGGAAAAGCUGCUCUUCCCAAAGGGAAGUACAAAUUUGAAGAGGAGAAGGCUUACUUUCAAGAGGUUGAUGCCUUUGAGUUGUUGGAGGAGAGCCCCUCUCCCAAACCUACUACAUGGGUUGCGGGCAACCAAACUGGUACUGUUGCAUUACCCAAGUUGUGCUCUCCAUUAGAUAAAUGGUUGUUCAAGAAGCUAAACUUCACUUUCGAGCCUUCCAGCACAUUGUCUAAGAUACUGCAGACUUCAACCAUGCGGCCCAUACCUUCAGAACCCAUUGGUGGUAACAAUUUGAAAUCUUCAAGUUUGAAAAAUUCUAGUAAAGUCAAUUCUCGUUUGCCUUCUGUGCAAAGCAGAUUUGAAUUGAGUUUGGUUGAUGGAAGUGUGCUUGAAACGGUGCCGGAUGUGGGCAAUGACGGUUGUGAAGAUAUAGUAGCUUCUGUAAAGAAACUCUCUCUGGCAUCAUCUUCAUCAGAUAGUGAAGAUUUGGAUCCAUUUCGUGCUCUAUUAGCAGUAUGUGGACAGUCAGUUCCCUUAAAAUUUAGGGAUGUUUUUUCUUCCUAUUGUGACCUAGACAAGAUUACCAAAAUCGGGGAAGGAACAUUUGGAGAAGCUUUCAACGCUGGCAACUAUGUUUGCAAAAUAGUCCCAAUUGAUGGUAACAUACUAGUGAAUGGGGAAGUGCAAAAGAGAUCUGAAGAAUUGCUAGAAGAGGUCGUACUUUCCCGCACUCUUAAUUACUUAAGAGGACAUGAGGGUGAUUUUCAAAAUGCUUGCACCAUGUUUAUCGAAACCAUAGAUUUGAGAGUAUGCCAAGGCUCUUAUGAUGCUGCUUUGAUCAGCGCAUGGGAGGAUUGGGAUGAAGAUCAUGGUUCAGAAAAUGAUCACCCUAAGGCGUUUCCAGAUAACCAGUGCUAUGUCGUGUUUGUUUUAGAGCAUGGUGGCAAGGAUCUGGAAAGCUUUGUACUUCGGAACACUGAUGAGGCACGGAGUUUAUUGGUCCAGGUUACAGCUGCCCUUGCUGUAGCUGAAGCUGCAUAUGAAUUUGAGCACCGUGAUCUUCACUGGGGAAACAUCCUUUUAAGUCGGAAUGAUUCUGUUACAAUGCCGUUCACUCUUGAGGGAAAACAGAUGUUUAUCCAAACAUUUGGAUUGGGGAUGUCAAUAAUAGAUUUCACUCUUUCAAGAAUCAACACUGGUGAUGACAUACUCUUUCUAGACCUAUCUUCGGAUCCUGAGCUCUUUAAAGGUCCAAAGGGCGAUAAACAAUCAGAAACAUACCGGAAGAUGAAGGAGGUAACAGAAGACUGCUGGGAGGGAAGCUUCCCCCGAACAAAUGCACUGUGGUUGAUGUACCUGGUGGAUGUCUUACUGCUAAAGAAAUCAUUUGAACGAACUUCAAAAGACGAGAGAGAUUUCCGUUCAUUGAAGAAGCGUCUCGACAAAUAUCAGUCAGCCAGAGAAGCACUUCUUGAUCCCUCUUUCAGUAAUUUGUUGGUUGAUGGUGGCAUUUGAGAAACAACUAAGAAUGACAAGAUGUUGUAAUUUUGCAUUAACAACUGUAAAUAUUUGAGGCUCCAAUGAGUAGGAAGAAUAUUGUGAAUAUGUAGUGAAGUGUACAAGAUACUUGAUGGAGUUAAUUUUAUUAAUGAAAAAUAUAAGAUAAGUGCAAUAGUUUUGAUUUGAAGAAGUUAACUUUAUGAGCAACC